AUGUCUGUGACAUAUCUCAAGGGAUUCUGUACCAGGUACAGGAAUCUUAUAGAUAAAGAGAUGAAAAAGAGUGAAGAAUUUGUGACGGCCGACGUUUCAGAGGAGGAUCCAUCGGCUCUCCUUAAAAAUGUGGAAACAUCAAUUAGACGUAUGAAGGAAUUCAGUGCCAAACUUGAAGAGACAAUGGAGAAGUGGUCAUUAGCAAUAGAAGACAAAGAGCUUAAACAAGGUGAAGAAGAGAAAUUUAGUGAGGACAGUGAAAAAGUGUUUCUUCUAUUGACUGAAGCGAGUGAACACACAGAUCAGCUGAUUAUUCUAGAGAAAGCACUACAAGAAAACAUAUCAAUGCUGAAAAAACCUGCUGAAAUGACAGACCCAAGACUAGAACAGAUGAUGCAUUUACAGGCAAGAAUGCAGGAACAGAUACUUCAUUUUCAAGAGUUGUCGAUUCAACAACACACUCCAAAGACGGGGCCGGUAGCUGUUAAACUACCCAAGUUAGAACUUCCUACUUACAGUGGAGACAAAAUCAAGUUCAAGGAAUUCUGGGAUGCCUUUGAGGCCACAGUUCAUAAGAAUCCAAAGCUCUCCAACAUAGAGAAAUUUAAUUACCUAAAGAGCAAAUUGAAAGGAGCAGCUCAAGAAGCUAUUUCUGGACUUUCACUUUCAAAUGAAAACUAUGAUGUAGCUGUUGCCACUCUAAGAGAGAGAUUUGGAGACAUCCAAUCAGUUAUCAACAAACAUUAUGUAGAACUCAUCAAUACACAGUCAGCUACCAAUGACACGUCAAGCCUGCGGAAGUUAAAUGAUGACCUCGAGAGACAUCUGAGGAGCCUAGAAGCAUUACAUCAGGAUGUGAACCAAGAUGUGUUUGUUCCAAUGAUAACAUCAAAGCUACCUAAAGAAACUCUGCUUCAGCUUGAAAUACAGAAAGGGCCAAAGGAAAAAUGGACAGUUCAGAAAUUGAGAGAGUUGAUGAAAAACUACAUAAAAGUCAAGGAAUCAUCAGAAAUUCAAGCCUCUAGUGUCCCUAUACAUGAGGAGAAGCAUACUACAGCAGAAGCCCUUGUGAUUUCCACUAAGGACUCAUCAUUAAGACAAAGCAGACCGCCUGGAAUUUCAGGGAAGCCUCCAGUGUGUACAUUCUGUGAGGGCAGACAUUGGACAGAUGAGUGCAGAAAGUACAGAACUAUAGAGGAUAGAAAACAGAGACUUAGAAGGAAGUGUUUUAUUUGCUUAAAGCCUGGUCAUAGAAGUAAGGAAUGCCGAGUGGAUAAGGCAUGUUAUCACUGUAGACAGACUCGUGACCACCACAGAAGUUUGUGUCCUAAGAAGUUUCUUGUACGUCAAAGAGAAAGUUCACAUUUGACCGAGGAAGUGUGUAUCAAACAAGAGACUUCAAACUUUUCUCAGAGUUCUGAGAAUAGUUUAUUAUCAUCAGGGGAUAUUGUUUUGAUGCAGACGGCUCAAACAGAGGUGACAAACCACAAUGGAGAAAAUACAGAACCAGCAAGACUCCUCAUGGACUCAGGAUCACAGAGAACCUACAUAACAGAAAACUUGGCUGAGAAAUUAAAGUUGAAGAUUCUUACAACAGAGAAGAUAUCCCUCAUAACUUUUGGUGCGGAGAAGCCAAAAAUUGUGAAGACACCCAAAGUUUCCCUGAAAGUGAAACUCAAAGAUAGACAUUAUCUUAAUAUUGAAGUAAAUGUUGUACCAAACAUUACAGGAACAGUACAAAGGAAGCCUAUCCCCAAGGACAUACAAUUGAAAUGCCAAAGUCUGUGGAAAAAUCUUCAGUUAGCAGACACUAUACCAGUGAAUUUUGAAAACUCAACAAUUGACAUUCUGAUAGGUAAUGAUUAUUACCUGGAUUUGAUUUUGCCAGAAAGAAUUGAAAUUCAAAGGGGAUUUUAUUUAUUAGCUUCCAGACUUGGGUGGAUUCUCACUGGAAGGACCCAAGAAGCUUACAGUGAAGAGGAGGACCAAGUGAUGAUGAUAACCAAUGGAACUUUAUCUUUGACAGAGUGUUGCCUCCAUUCUGCAGUAGAUGAGUGCUUGACAUUUAAACCUUCUAUUGAAGAAUUCUGGAAGCUGGAGACUAUUGGGAUUCAAGAUUCUCCCCACACUUCAGAUGAUGAGAAAGCGCUGAAAAAUUUCAACAGCACACUGAAAAUGGAAAACAAAAGAUACCAAGUCACCUGGCCGUGGAAAGAAGAAUAUCCUGAGCUACCAGAAAAUCGGGAACUAGCAUAUGGAAGGCUAAAGUCACUACUUCACAAGUUACAGUGUAACCCUGAUUUACUGCACAAGUAUGAUGACAUUAUUCAGGACCAGUGUAAAAAGGGAAUUAUAGAGAAAAUUCCACCCCAACAAAGAGAGACAGGUAUUAAGCAUUAUAUACCUCAUCACGCAGUGAUAGAUUUGACCAAACCUACUACAAAGGUAAGGAUUGUGUAUGAUGCAUCGGCUAAGUCAGGACAUAAGAAAACCAGCUUGAAUGAGUGUUUGCACAGGGGACCUGUGAUGCUGCAUGAUUUAUGUGGACUUCUGAUGCGUUUUAGACUUAACAAGAUAGGAAUAACAGCAGACAUUGAGAAAGCGUUCUUGCAGAUCGGCUUACAGGAGGAAGACCGUGAUGCUACUAGAUUCUUCUGGUUGAAGGAUGCUAACAAGGCUACAGUAGACAGCAAUGUACAAGUGUACAGAUUUUGCAGAGUGCCUUUUGGUGUGAUCUCAAGUCCCUUCCUACUUGCGGCAACUGUUGAUCAUCACCUUAGUACAUAUGAAAGCAAGACAGCUGAAAACAUAAGAAACAAUAUUUAUGUAGAUAAUGUUAUUACAGGAGUUGAUAACAUUCAAGAAGCAGAAAUUCUAUACAAGGAAGCCAAGGAGAUAUUCAGUAGUAUGUCCACGAACUUGAGAGAUUGGGCAUCUAAUGCCAAGGACUUUUAUGAGACCAUACCAGAUGAAGAUCAAUCAACUAGAGAAAAGUUAAAAAUACUCGGAUUGACUUGGAAUCUCAUCGAGGAUGUACUUUCAGUGCCAUGUGGAAAUUGUAUGAGUAAGACAGUACCAGUUACCAAACGAGAAGUACUCCAAGUAGUUGCGUCAAUAUUCGACCCUCUUGGAUUUUUCACACCUGUGACUUUAAAGGCAAAAUUUUUUCUUCAGACUCUAUGGAAGAAAAAUCUUGAGUGGGAUGAAGCACUCACAGAAGAAGAUAUACAACAAUGGCGAGAAAUAAGAGCAGAUUUAGGAGGGAUUCCAAAGUGUCAGAUUCCAAGAUAUAUAGGACUAUCAGGAGAGGUGUCUUACAGACUUUUGUGUUUUUGUGAUGCAUCUGCAAAAGCAUUUGCGACUGCCAUUUACCUUCAGAUGACAACUACCAAUUCAAGCAUCAGCAACUUAGUAUUUUCCAAGACUCGUCUAGCACCGACAAAGACAAUUACUAUGCCUCGUCUCGAACUUCUAGCAGUUCUCAUUGGAGUAAGGAGUCUAAACUUUGUUCACAGUCAACUAAAACUAACAGUGUGUGAGAAAAUAUUCUGGACAGACUCACAGUGUGUCUUACAUUGGAUAAAGACUAAGAAGCCCUUGACAGUUUUUGUGGAAAACAGAGUGAAGGAAAUUCAGAAGAGCAGUGACCUUGAAUUUCAAUAUGUGGCUUCUACUGAUAAUCCAGCAGAUAUUGCUACCAGAGGUAGUACAGUGGAAAUAUUGCAAGAAAACAGACAGUGGUGGAAUGGCCCAGCAUGGCUGAAAGAGAGCAAAAGUCAGUGGCCGAUAUGGAAUCCAACUCCGAGUGAAAAUCACAGUGAAGCUAUUGCGUCAGAGUACAAGAAAUCUAGAGUGUAUGAAACCAAAAUGUUAGUGGGGGAGGGUCCUCACGGAUGCUCGGACACUCCUGCUGAAUGCAAGAACCCGUUUAGCAUACACGACAAGCAAUUUUCGUCCUUCGUUAAAUUAGUCAGAGUAUCGGCAUGGAUACUUAGAUUCAUCAGCAAAAUUAAGAAGGAAAAGUCCUUUUCUGGUACAUUAACUGCAACAGAACUGAGUGAGGCAAAGAUACUUUGGAUAAGGAGUAUCCAAAAUCAGAACUAUAGAGAGGUAAAGAAUGCUUUAACAGAAGAAAAGAGGCUUAACUUAGUUAACCAAUUAGGACUCAUUUUGGAUGAAGACAAAAUUAUUAGAUGUGUUGGUCGACUUGGAGCUGCCCACUUGACUGAAGGAGCUAGAACACCAAUUUUAAUGCCAAAGAAAAAUCAUGUGACAGAUCUACUCAUAGACAGUUACCACAGGAAAUCACUUCAUGUUGGAGUAUCUCAAACACUAUCCUUAAUCCGACAGACAUAUUGGAUUCCUCAAGGACGUUCUCAAGUAAGAAGAGUACUACAGAAUUGUAGUAUAUGCAAGCGACAUGAAGGUGGACCAUAUAAAAUGCCUGUAAUAUUAAUGCCACCCUUACCAAAGAAGAGAGUGAAUGAAGCUUCGUCAUUUACUUACACUGGUGUAGACUACUUCGGCCCUAUUUAUGUGAAAAUAGACACUGGGACCAAGAAAGUGUGGGUGUGCCUAUUCACAUGUUUAGUCACCAGAGGUAUCCAUCUCGAGCUUAUGCAAGAUAUGUCGACUGAAGAGUUCCUUCUUGGCUUGAGACGAUUCAUUGCUCGAUGGGGAAAACCAAAAGAACUUAUCUCUGACAAUGCUUCCCAGUUUAAGUUGGCAAGUAGUGCACUGGAAAAAAUUUGGACCUCAACAGUCAGGGAUCCAGAUGUGCAGAGCUAUAUCGCAAACGAAGAUAUCAAAUGGCAGUUCAUAGUCGAACUGGCCCCAUGGAUGGGAGGCUUCUACGAGCGUCUCAUUGGAGUAGUGAAGAGAUGCCUACGGAAAACUAUUGGGAAACUGUGUCUAACAAGUGAACAACUAAGAACUCUAUUAGCGGAGACUGAGGCAGUUGUUAAUUCAAGGCCAUUAGUUUAUGUGGGAGAUGACAUAAAUUCUAACAUAAUUCUCACACCAGCUCACUUCCUGACACUGAAUCCUAAAAUUGGUAUUCCUGAUAGUGAAGAAGAAGAUACAGAGGGCACAGAGUAUCUACCUAACAUCAGCAGUGCUGAGAAGUUAUUACAGACAUGGAAGAAGGGACAAAAACAUCUUGAUGCCUUUUGGAAAUCCUGGCGAGAUGACUAUCUCCUGAGUUUGCGAGAAAGAACAGCAUACAGACUGAAGGAAGGAAGAAUUCAGCACAGUAUGGAGCCAAGGAUUGGAGAUGUGGUGUUGGUUAAAGAUGAACUUCCGCGUGGAACCUGGAAAGUAGGACGUUUGUGUGAACUGACUGUUAGUCGAGAUGGACAGAUCCGUUCCGGAAAGGUUUUACUUCCAAAUAAGAAGACCCUUAAUAGGCCUCUAAAUCUUUUAUAUCCGAUUGAGUGUUCAAAGGAAACAGAGACCAAUGACAGGAAGGAUCAAAGUACCGAAAGUGAUAAAAGUGUCUCAUCCGAAAAUCCAACGGUGACCAAUUCAAAAACAGAAGCGGACGUUAGAGACUCGCCACAAGAGAAACCUAAGAGACAAGCCGCCUGUAGAGCAGUAGAGAAAAUCAAGGAUUGGUUAAAACCAUGA